AUGGGCUUGGAACAGAAAAUUAAGGAGGAUAAUGAUAGUAUGAGGAGGACUAAGGUAAAUAAGAACGAGAGGCUUAAGGGAAUUAUCAAGCAAACUAAUGUGUUAAGAGAUACCAAGGCUAGUUUCAGCUUUAAUUAUGAAUAAAGUAGAGAUGAUAGAAAAUAGAAGCCGAAAAGAUAUGAAAAGCAAUAGAAAUAAGAUGAAACAGGAGAAAUGGACAUGAGAUACUAUAAUUCUAAGGAUUAUAUUAAUAGUGAAGAGGAGCAAUAAAUUAAACCAAUAUAGCAGAGAAAACUUAAAUAAAGGAAAUCUGAAGUUUCUGAGAUUACAGACAUUGAUGAAGAUGAAAGGGAGCUUGAAUAAAUGACCAAGAAUUUAAACCUGACAAAAAGGAAUCUGGAUACAUCGAAAUCAUCUAAUAGAAAAUCAUCGGGAUCCCAACCUAGAAAGCUGACAAACAGAUCAUCUAAUAAAAAAUCAAGUAUUUCAAGAGGUAGUUAUAAAUCUGCAUAGUCAGAUGAAUCACUUAAAAAGACAUCUCAAGAAAUCAAUAAACUUAAGAAGCAACUCUAGGAAUUAAACAACAAAUCUAGAAGAAGCAAGAGCAGAGAAACUGAAAGAUAAAAUCCGAAGUAGGUCACAAGAGUUCCUAAAUUAUAACUAAAUCAAAGUAGAUCUGUAAGUAAAAAUAGGGUUAGCAGAAGCCAGUCAUUUAGGAGUUCCUCUAAAAAGAACCUAAAUUAAUCUUCUUAUAAGCCUGCUAAUAACACUUUAUAUGCAAUUAACAACUUGUCUAUGACAUAACUAUAAAGCUCAUCUUAUUAAAAUGAAAAGGAAAAUUAUUAGAAAGAGGUAAAGUAUAAAAAGCUUUUAGCAGCUUAUCAAAAGAUGCACUAAGAAUUGGACCAUACAAAACUAGAAUUAAGACAAGAAAGGAAGAAUAAUUAGGAAUUAAUAUCGAUGGUUGAAAAACUAGGCAAGAAGGCUUAAUAUAAAGAUCUGGAUACAGAGAGAUUAAUUGAAAGUGAGCAAGAAUUAAAAAAUAUGACUGAGAGCUUUUAAAAAAGUGAAAGGAUAAGGAGAGAAUAAAAGCAGCUUAUUAUGAAACUCAAGAAUGAACUUGAAAUUGCCAGAACAAGAUAGCUUACUUUGAAAGAUUUGUAAGAUUAGGAUUUAGAUGAAUAGCCUGUAAAACUAAAAAAGAAAACUACAAGGAAGAAGUCUAAAGCCAAAGAAGAUAAAGAAAAUUUGGAGUCAGCAAGAGUGAAAAAGAAAGUAGUCCAAUAAUGA